AUGAACGCACCCACACCCGAGAACAGCCCUUCUUAUGCGAUUGCGGCCGGAGGUUCUCCCGACGAUCUGUUAUCGAGGCAUCAGCGGAUAUCGCACGCCGCCUGCGGCACAGAAAACAUUGAUGACCUCUCCGGACCGCUGGCAGAAACGACAAUCGCCGAAGCGUCUGGAAACAUGCCACCCGAAACGGAGACCAGUGAUGACGUUGGCGCAGAACCAUCUUCGUCAAGACAAGCAGGAUCAACAUUCCUUAAUCAGCAUGGGUGCGGUGAUAGGCCGCAGCCGUUAGAACCCCAGGGUACCGCCCUUCAACCCAUCAACAGUCUAGCGUUGUACGAUGCAGCGGCAGGUUUUCCCGAGCCGUCAUUUCAAGACUCGCUCACGCAGGACCUACUGGCCGGAAUGGAGGGCAUCGAGUUCGACUUUCUAUUGGACGACGCUCAGUUGGCAGGUUCCUUUCUACCAACGGCCCCCUUCCACGUUGCCUCCUCGAUGGUCGAGAUAUCGCAGGCGGAGGCGGACCAAGCGACUUCGUCCUCUAGCCAACUCAGGAGAGAAGGCACACGCGCUGCUCACAAUCUUGUGCACCAGAGACGAUCACCUCUUCGAGACGGACCAGCAGAGCCUUUGGAGACGGGAUCCUCGCCCCCGUUUGCGAUCCGGUUACCUUCAAUGGAGCCAGAGAGACCAGAAGAAAUGCCCUUGUACAUAUCUUCCGCACAUGGCCCUCAAGAUUCUUUCAUGCAUUCACCACGGCCAAGGCAAGUACACUCAAUCCGGCCCUGGAAGAUUUCAGCCGAAGAAUACAGCAAGGUUGUGGAGGAGGCCGGGAACAUGCACAUUAUGCUGCCGAACACUUUCACACUGCCGUCACAUCGUGCUCUCUCACGCUUUGUGGAAGGCUACUUCCGCGGGUUCGCCAUCCAUCUGCCGUUCAUACACGGCGUCACCUUCUCUGCCUCGUCUGCUGGUCUCGAGCUGCUCUUCUCGCUGGCCGCAGUUGGUGCCCUCUAUCGUUUCGAACCGGCCUCAGCAUACCAGCUCUACGCUGCUGCGCGAACCCUGGUCUCAUGGCGCCUAAGCCAGAGGGACCAGCCUGUAAUCAAUCGUCUGACCCGCGACCACCCCGUUACGACAGAAACGGCAAGUCUCCCUGCGACAUCGAUCGAUACGGACACAAACACGGAAAGAUCGGGGCCACAUGAUCAGAGCAACACCCUCCGAUUGCUACAAGCCAUGAUAGUGCUCAUGGCGAUGGCAUCAUGGGGCGACCGAGGGCUGAUCAGUGACGCGCUCCGCAUGUCCAGUCAAGUCGCCAUGCUAGCCCGCGACAUGGAAAUAUCCGAGCCAGAGAAGCUCCCGCCCCCGAACCAACCAUGGAGCGAAGCAAUCAAGCUCGAGGAGCGCCGCCGCACGCUCUUUGCCGCCUUUGUCCUUCUGAACUUGCAAUCCGUAGCCUUUGACGUGCCACCGCUGCUCUUGAAUCGGGAGGUCGCCGUCAACCUCCCCGGCUGCACGUCGAGCUGGCAGGCGCCUAACGAGGCCGAGUGGUCGACGCUGAGAGACACGUACAUGACGCCGAGACCGUUCCCGGAAAAGUUGCAGAUGCUACUGUCGGGGCGCGGUACCCAUGCCGAAACGGCGCUCUCUUCCUUUGGAAACUACGUACUCAUCCACGGACUACUUCAACAGAUCCUCCUCACCCGCAAUGCCUCUGAGGGUAUCCCAGGCUCACGCGAUGCACUCAGCGGCGACUUCGUCAACAGGAUGGAAGCUGCGCUUCGCGCUUGGCAAGAAUCCUGGGAAGCGACGUAUGAAUCCACGACGGAUCCUUCGUCUCCCAAAGGACCGUUGGGCUUCAACUCCACCGCCAUCCUGCGCCUGGCUUAUAUCCGACUCAAUGUCGGCCCCAGCCCUGGCCGGCGACUUCUUCUCGCCCGAGACGCGCAGGAAAUAGCCGCGGCGUUCUCCAACCGAACCAUCACCGCCGGAAACAGGUCACCACAUAUGGAUCAGGCCGUGCUGCAGUGUAUACACGCCCUCAGCAUCCCCGUGAGGGUCGGCAUCGCGUUUGUGGCGCGCACCCAGACGCUCAACUGGAGCGUGCAGCAUGCCCUCUGCAACCUGGAAUGCGCCUUCUUACUCACGCAGUGGUUGGAAAUUCUGUCAGAGGUUGUUCAGGAGUCUGGCAUUGGCUCGCUCCGAGCUGACGAGCGCAGAUUGGUCAACUUGGUUGUCAAUCUGUUGCAAGAGACUGAGCUGGAAGACUCGCUGAACGAGGAUCAACAUCUUGCUGUCCAAAUUGCAAACUUGGCGGGUCUGGCCAUGGUGCUUUGGAGCAAAACGUUCAAUGGUUCUCACGUGUUUGAUACUGUUCGGCGCAUCGGUGGCAGCCUAUCAAUCUUGGCCCUGGCGUCAAAGGAAACCGAUGUUGCUUGA